UAAUUCAUGUCAUACGUAGUACACGUUUUCGCUUACAAUUCUGUGCUUACAAAGAUCCUAAAGUCACUAUGAGGGUGACCCCUCGUGUGGGGAGUCGUUGACGUGGGGUUGGCUCAGUGGCUGCCGAGGCCGGCGCAAUCAACUUGAAUUGUCAGCAAAACAGCAUCUAUUUAAGCUAUCAAGGGCUCAAAACCUCGGCAGGAUAUGCCCAAAACAGGCGCAGUCCAGAGAAAGCAAUAUGGAAUACCCAGAGCCCUAUGACCCUAGCCUCUCGUCCCAGUUCCUCGUCUGCUCGACCUGUGGCACCCAAUUCCCCGCGACGGAUCGGCUGCAGAUCAAGUCAUGCCACAUUUGCGAUGACGCAAGGCAAUACGUCCCUCGGUCCGGGCAGUCGUUCACCACGCUGCAGGCCAUCUGCAGCGCGUCCCAUCACAACCAAUUCGAGGCGUACGAGGGCGACGAGCGGCUCGUCUUUGUCAAGACGGUGCCGCAGGUGGGCAUAGGCCAGCGAUGCAUCAUCGUCCGGACGCCCCAGGGCAACGUCCUCUGGGACUGCAUCACCCUGCUCGACGAGGCCACCAUCCAGAGGAUCAAGGACAUGGGCGGGCUCCAGGCCAUUGUCAUCAGCCAUCCCCAUUUCUACACCACGCACGUCCAGUGGGCGCGCGCCUUUGCGUGUCCCGUGUACGUGGCGGCGGAGGAUGCCUCCUGGACGACGAUGCCGAGUGCGCAUCGCAAGCUCAUCACCGAAACAGAGACGGACAUCGUUGGCACCAAGGUGAUCAAGAUGGGGGGUCACUUUCCCGGGUCCCUAGUCCUGCUUUGGCAAGGCCGAUUGCUGAUUGCCGACACGAUCCUCACCACGCCCUCCGGUCUCGGCGACUGGUCGGUCAACGCCCUCGGCGAGGACACCAGCCACGUCCCUCCGCCGCCGAACAGGAACACAUUCACCUUUCAGUGGAGCAUCCCAAACAUGAUACCGCUCUCUGCGGAUGAGCUGUUGCGUAUGUGGACCAUCCUGCAGCCGUACACGUUGACGAGCACGCAUGGCGGGUUUAUGGGCCAGGACAUUGAGGAUGAGGGUGUCAAGGCCCGCGUGCUGAGGAGCAUGCAGAUUCAGUGUCGCUACAUGGGCGGCCAGAAUCACCCUCUGAUGAAGGUCACAUUGUAGUGGACGCUGUGCCAGAAGAAUAAGUAGGUAUGGUUGUGAAUUUAUAAAGAUGUAUGCUGUAAAUAAAGUAGCGCGGUGAGAGCGAUGAGUAAAAGGGGGUAUCCGUGAAGUGAAGUGUGUCCCAAGGGAUAUGCUUUGAACGCCCAAAAUGCCAGCUGUGAAAGGAAGAAAAAUAGCCAAAGUAUUGAAAGGGGAGAUGUGUUGAUUAUAGAAGUGGUCGAGGAUUUCAUUUCUUGAGGGAGGACUCGGGGUGCAGGCAUUUGUCCAGCAGCUCCCAGCCUUCCUCGGGCAGAGAAUCAAUGACCGAGUUGUUCAGGGUGUCGAUGAUGAAGCGGUUGGCUGUUCACGCAGAGUCAGUACUGGUGUUUGUCUUGUAAACCAUGGGAGCGAAACGUACGCAUAUAAUCCACACCCUCGUCACCGGCUUCCAUGGCGACAUCAAUCCUCGCCGAGUGGUAGCAGCCAUAUCGCUCCUGGAGCUCUAGCAUGCACCGCCAUAG